UGAGUAUCCUCAUAUAUACUUCAAAAAAUGAUGAAAAGAUCAACUGCUUUUUCCGCCUUCUUUCUUAUCCUUUUCGUGCUUAUUGUCUCAGAAAUUGCAAGUGUACAAGGAGCACUAUGUGAGAAAGCGAGCUUGACAUGGUCAGGAAAUUGUGGCAACACGGGACAUUGUGAUAACCAGUGCAAGUCUUGGGAGGGUGCGGUUCAUGGAGCGUGUCAUGUGCGUAAUGGAGGGAAACAUAUGUGCUUUUGCUACUUCAAUUGUCCAUUAGCCGAAAAGCUUGCCCAAGACAAACGUAAAGCCGAACUGCUCGCCAAGGAUAAACUCGAAGCUGAAAAUCUUGGCCAUAGUGAUGCAAAGAAAGUAGUACCUAAUGUUGAGAAACCAUGA